UGGCGCAUCACCGGCUGGGUGCUUUUCCUGCUCUGUGACGCGUAGCCCUGGGCGCAAAACGCGGCUGCCUGCCCCUGGCAGGGCCAGUCCUGAGCAGGCCCUAGAGUCACAUCAGAGGAUGGCUGCCCUGCAGCGCCUGGGGGCUUCACUCAGGCACUGUGUCCCCGCCUGCCGCUCAGGCAAUUUCUGCUGCUUUGUCACUAGCGCUCGUGCCCGCGCCAAGUUCUACACGGACCCCGUGGAGGCUGUGAAGGACAUCUCCGAUGGAGCGAAGAUCAUGGUCGGCGGCUUUGGGGUCUGUGGGAUUCCCGAGAACCUGAUAGGGGCGCUGCUCAAGACCCGCGUGAGGGACUUGACCGUGGUCAGCAGCAACGUGGGCAUGGACACCUUCGGGCUGGGCCUUUUAAUGGGGUCCAAGCAGAUCACCCGCAUCAUCUGCUCCUACGUGGGCGAGAACGUGCUGUGUGAGCAGCAGUUCUUGGCGGGAGAGCUGGAGCUGGAGAUGACGCCGCAGGGCACCCUGGCGGAGCGCAUCCGCGCUGGCGGGGCAGGGGUACCCGCCUUCUACACGCCCACGGCCUACGGGACCCUGGUCCAGGAAGGAGGCGCCCCCAUCAGGUACGACCACGACGGCCACAUCGCCAUCAUGAGUCAGCCCAGAGAGGUGAGGGAGUUUCACGGGCAGCACUAUCUCCUGGAGCAUGCCAUCACGGCGGAUUUUGCUCUGGUGAAAGGGUGGAAGGCCGACCGUGCGGGAAACGUCAUCUUCAGGAAGAGCGCCAGGAACUUCAAUGUCCCCAUGUGCAAAGCUGCGGACAUCUCCGUGGUGGAGGUUGAAGAAAUUGUGGACGUGGGGUCGUUUGCCCCAGAAGACAUUCAUGUUCCUCACAUUUACGUCGAUCGCGUGAUACAGGGGAAGAAGUACAAGAAAGUAAUUGAGCACUUAACAGUCCGGAAAGAGGAAGAUAAAAAAGCCAUGUCUUCAGAUGACAUAAGAACACGAAUCAUCAAACGGGCAGCUCUUGAAUUUGAGGACGGCAUGUACGCCAACUUGGGCAUAGGAAUCCCCCUUCUGGCCAGUAACUACAUCAGCCCCAACUUAACUGUUCACCUGCACAGUGAAAACGGAAUCCUGGGCCUGGGUCCGUUCCCGCUGAAAGAGGAGGAGGCGGAUGCAGAUCUCAUCAAUGCGGGCAAGCAGACGGUCACCAUUAUUCCUGGGGGCUGCUUUUUCUCCAGCGACGACUCGUUCGCCAUGAUCCGAGGCGGACACCUGCACCUGACCAUGCUGGGGGCCAUGCAGGUUUCCAGGUACGGCGACCUGGCCAACUGGAUGAUCCCCGGGAAGAAGGUGAAGGGGAUGGGGGGUGCGAUGGAUUUGGUGUCCAGCGUCAAGACCAGAGUGGUGGUCACCAUGGAGCACUGCAACAAGGCCAACCAGCCCAAGAUCCUGGAGAAAUGCACGAUGCCCCUGACCGGGAAGCGGUGCGUGGACCGCAUCAUCACGGAAAAGGCCGUGUUUGACGUGCACAAGAAGAAGGGCCUGACGCUGGUGGAGCUCUGGGAGGGCCUGACCGUGGAGGACAUCAAAAAGAGCACGGGGAGCACCUUCGCCGUCUCACCCGACAUCAGGCCCAUGCAGCAGGUGACGCCCUGACCGGGAAGGAGGCCUUGCGCUCGGAGACGGUGGUUUUCAGUUUAAGCUCAGGAUGUCAUCCGAAGGAAGUCGGGAAUCACUGUUCUCCAUUUCGUAAGCAGUCUCUCCACUUUUCUCCUGGCAUCUCGGGCUAGAAAGACUCUAUUCUCUCGAGGGAAAUGACUUUAAAUAAAACAAAAGGAGAACAGAGACGUUUAUCUUGUGUGUUCUGUGAGGACUCAGAAAGCUCUGCUACAGGCGCUGAGGACAUAAUGGGCUGCCCUGUCCCCUGCGAUGUUUAUGUCAAACCUGUUCCCCAUAGGAAGGAUUUCUUCCUCAUGAAUGAAUGACGAGUGUGGGAAAAUGGGGAGGGAGCAGCCCACCCAGAGAGCAGCUGACGCACCGUUUCACUGGCUCCGUGAAAAACACACGAACGUGAAAGUCCGUCUGUGCUCUGAAGACCUGCUGUCUGAAUGCAAGAUUCUUUCCUUUGACCAUCUUCCUUUUACCUCUAGUUUCUCUCAAGUUUACUUUUUUCAUGGUUGAUUUAUUUAUUUUUAGAGAUAGGAGGAGGGAGGAAGAAAGAGAGGGAGAUCACCGAGAAUCAAACCGACUUUCUGGUUCUCAGGCCGGUGCUCAGUCCACUGAGCUCCAACGGCCAGGGCCACUUCUGCCAUUUCUGGGUUUUCUUUCGUGGCCUUUCAUUCUGAGGCUAAAGUCUGUUUCUCCGCAGCCUCACCUUCUCCAGCCCCACAUGUCUCCUCCUCCUUGCUAAAUAGGUGUCUCUGGAAGGAAAGCGGGACCUGCUGA